AUGGGCAAAGGAGACCCCAACAAACCGAGGGGCAAAAUGUCCUCGUACGCCUUCUUCGUGCAGACCUGCGGAGAGGAGCACAAGAAGAAACAUCCCGACUCGUCAGUCAACUUCGCCGAGUUCUCCAAGAAGUGCUCUGAGAGAUGGAAGACCAUGUCUGCAAAGGAAAAGUCGAAGUUUGAAGAUAUGGCAAAAACUGACAAAGCACGCUAUGACAGGGAGAUGAAAAAUUAUGUGCCUCCCAAAGGGGAUAAGAAAGGAAAGAAAAAAGAUCCAAAUGCUCCCAAAAGGCCACCGUCUGCCUUCUUCCUGUUUUGUUCUGAACAUCGUCCAAAGAUCAAAAGUGAACACCCAGGGCUGUCCAUUGGGGAUACUGCAAAGAAGUUGGGUGAAAUGUGGUAUGAACAAUCAGCCAAAGAUAAACAACCCUAUGAACAGAAAGCAGCCAAGCUAAAAGAGAAAUAUGAGAAGGAUAUUGCUGCAUAUCGUGCCAAGGGCAAAAGUGAAGCAGGGAAGAAAGGUCCUGGCAGACUAACAGGCUCAAAGAAGAAGAGUGAACCAGAAGAUGAGGAGGAGGAAGAGGAAGAAGAAGAUGAAGAUGAGGAGGAAGAGGAUGAAGAUGAAGAAUAA